AAGCCGCUUACAACUGUCUAUUUUUUUCUCGUCGUGUCUGUGUGUGCCUAAUUAUUUGUUGUGGAAAUUAAGACAAUUUCGUGUGCUUAAAUAGCGAAAAAGUUGCACUCGACUGCUACAAUGGCAUCGGAGGAAGAAAAUGACGAUAAUUUCCAGGAAGAAGAAGAGGCCCAGGAGGACAAUGCACCAGCUGCGGAGCUGUCCAACGAUUCCGAUGCGCCUCUAAAGCCGAAUAAUGACGAGGACGAUGACUACGAUCCGGAGGAUAAUCGCAAGAAAAAGAAGGGUAAGAAGCGAAAGACCAGGAAGGGCGAGGAGAAGGGUCGCAAGAAGAAGAAGCGCAAGAAGAACGAGAGCGAGGAGGACAGCGACUUUGUCCAGCACGAUGAAGAAGUGGAGUACCCUAGCACCUCGAAACGCGGACGGAAGCGUAAGGAGGAAAAGCAGGCUGCCAAGGAGAAGGAGUCAGCAUCAUCCGGAAUGCCAUCCGUGGAAGAUGUAUGUGCUGCAUUCAGCGUUUGCGAUGUUGAGAUCGAGUACAGUGAGGAGGAGCUGCAGAGCCUAACCACCUACAAGGCAUUCAUGCAGCAUGUGCGUCCCAUUCUACAUAAAGAGAAUCCCAAGAUUGCGGCACCGAAGCUAAUGAUGCUGGUGGCGGCCAAGUGGCGUGAAUUCUGCGAAAGCAAUCCGCACAUCCAGCAGGAGGGCGGCGCUGCCGGUUCCGGCACUUCCGCCGGACAGGCACGCAGUGUAGCCGGCGAUGAGCCAGAGGAACCGCGGUCAUCGCGCUCUUCUCGCAACGAAAAACCGGACGAUAUUUAUGAGGAGGCUGUUGAGGAGGAGGAAGAAGAGGAGGAGGAGGAGAAAAAGCCAAGGCGCAAGCGUAGCGGGCGUGGCAAGAAGGGACGUCGUCCCUCUGGCAAGGUUCCCACCUUGAAAAUCAAGCUGCUGGGUAAGCGCAAGCGCGACAGUUCCGACGAAGAACAAGAUGCAAGCGGUGCAUCCGAACGCGACUCUGAUCUCGAGUUUGAACGCAUGCUUCAGAAAUCGGAUGACAGUGCCGAUGAGAAGGAGGCUCCUGCUUCCACCAAGGCAGACACCUCGGCACCCGCCGUACAGGAUGAUGGCGCUCCAGUUGUGCGCAAGAAGGCUAAGACCAAGAUUGGCAAUAAGUUCAAGAAGAAGAACAAACUCAAGAAGACCAAGAAUUUCCCAGAGGGCGAGGAUGGUGAACAUGAGCACCAGGAUUAUUGCGAGGUGUGCCAGCAAGGAGGCGAGAUCAUUCUCUGUGACACCUGCCCGCGGGCAUAUCAUUUGGUUUGCUUGGAGCCCGAGUUGGAUGAGCCGCCAGAGGGCAAGUGGUCGUGUCCACAUUGCGAAGCGGAUGGAGGUGCUGCCGAGGAAGAGGACGAUGAUGAGCACCAGGAAUUCUGUCGGGUGUGCAAGGAUGGCGGCGAGCUGCUAUGCUGUGACUCCUGCCCCUCUGCCUACCAUACGUUCUGUUUGAAUCCGCCACUAGACACCAUACCCGAUGGCGACUGGCGUUGUCCUCGCUGCAGUUGCCCUCCACUCACUGGUAAGGCCGAGAAGAUCAUCACCUGGCGAUGGGCAGUGCGUGGCAAUGAGGAUGGACCCUCCACCUCAAAGGGAUCGAAGAGUAGUAACUCGCGGGUGCGCGAGUACUUCAUCAAGUGGCACAAUAUGUCCUACUGGCACUGCGAAUGGGUACCGGAGGUGCAACUAGACGUUCACCAUCCCCUGAUGAUCCGUUCGUUCCAACGCAAGUACGAUAUGGAGGAGCCGCCCAAGUUUGAAGAGUCCCUGGAUGAGGCUGACACCCGUUUCAAGCGUAUUCAGAGGCAUAAGGACAAGGUUGGCAUGAAGGCUGAUGAUGACACUGAGCUGUUGGAGGAGCGAUUCUACAAGAACGGCGUGAAGCCGGAAUGGCUUAUCGUCCAGCGUGUAAUUAACCAUCGUACGGCGCGGGAUGGCAGCACCAUGUAUCUGGUGAAGUGGCGAGAGUUGCCCUACGAUAAGUCUACCUGGGAGGAAGAGGGUGAUGAUAUUCAGGGUCUACGACAAGCCAUCGAUUACUACCAGGAUCUGCGUGCGGUAUGCACCUCAGAGACCACGCAGUCCCGCAGCAAGAAGAGCAAGAAGGGUCGCAAGUCCAAGCUUAAGGUGGAGGACGACGAGGAUCGCCCGGUUAAGCACUAUACACCGCCGCCAGAAAAACCAACCACUGAUUUGAAAAAGAAGUACGAGGAUCAGCCUGCAUUCUUGGAGGGCACUGGAAUGCAAUUGCAUCCCUACCAGAUCGAGGGUAUCAACUGGUUGCGCUACAGCUGGGGCCAGGGCAUCGACACCAUCCUGGCCGACGAGAUGGGUCUGGGUAAAACCAUUCAGACCGUCACGUUCUUGUACUCUCUGUACAAGGAGGGUCAUUGCCGCGGACCCUUCCUUGUGGCCGUGCCACUAUCCACGCUUGUGAACUGGGAACGUGAGUUUGAGCUCUGGGCUCCGGACUUUUACUGCAUUACGUAUAUCGGUGACAAGGACUCGAGAGCUGUUAUACGGGAGAACGAGUUGAGCUUCGAGGAGGGAGCCAUCCGUGGUAGCAAAGUUUCGCGUUUGCGAACAACCCAGUAUAAGUUUAAUGUGUUGCUGACUAGCUACGAGUUGAUCUCAAUGGAUGCCGCUUGUCUGGGCAGUAUCGAUUGGGCCGUGCUAGUGGUGGAUGAAGCCCAUCGUCUGAAGAGUAACCAGAGCAAGUUCUUCCGAAUCUUGAACAGCUAUAACAUUGCCUACAAGCUUCUGCUUACCGGCACACCGCUGCAGAACAAUCUCGAGGAGUUGUUCCAUCUGCUCAAUUUCUUGAGUCGCGAUAAGUUCAAUGAUCUGCAGGCCUUCCAAGGCGAAUUCGCUGAUGUUUCGAAGGAAGAGCAGGUUAAGCGUCUGCACGAGAUGCUUGGACCGCACAUGCUGCGUCGUUUGAAGACAGAUGUGUUGAAGAACAUGCCCUCCAAGUCGGAGUUCAUUGUGCGCGUCGAGCUGUCGGCCAUGCAGAAAAAGUUCUACAAGUUCAUCUUGACCAAGAACUACGAGGCUUUGAAUUCGAAGAGCGGCGGUGGCUCCUGUUCACUGAUCAACAUAAUGAUGGAUCUGAAGAAGUGCUGCAACCAUCCGUAUCUCUUCCCCUCGGCCGCCGAAGAGGCAACUACAGCUGCCGGUGGUCUCUACGAGAUCAAUUCGCUGACCAAGGCCGCUGGCAAACUGGUUCUGCUCUCCAAGAUGCUAAAGCAGUUGAAAUCGCAAAAUCAUCGUGUAUUGAUUUUCUCACAGAUGACCAAGAUGUUGGACAUUCUCGAGGAUUUCCUCGAGGGCGAGCAGUACAAGUAUGAACGUAUUGACGGAGGAAUCACAGGCACGUUGCGUCAGGAGGCCAUUGAUAGAUUCAAUGCCCCUGGAGCCCAGCAGUUUGUCUUCCUGCUGAGUACUCGUGCUGGAGGAUUGGGUAUCAAUUUGGCCACGGCCGACACUGUCAUCAUUUACGAUUCCGAUUGGAAUCCGCACAACGAUAUUCAAGCCUUCUCCCGAGCCCAUCGUAUCGGACAGGCGAAUAAGGUCAUGAUCUAUCGAUUUGUCACUAGGAAUUCCGUGGAGGAACGUGUUACGCAAGUGGCCAAGCGCAAGAUGAUGUUGACACAUCUUGUGGUACGCCCGGGUAUGGGCGGUAAAGGUGCCAACUUUACUAAGCAAGAGCUGGACGAUAUCCUUCGCUUUGGUACCGAAGAUCUGUUCAAGGAAGACGACAAGGAGGAGGCUAUCCACUACGACGACAAGGCGGUGGCCGAGCUAUUGGACCGAACUAAUCGUGGCAUUGAGGAGAAGGAAUCUUGGGCUAACGAAUAUCUUUCCUCGUUUAAGGUGGCUUCGUAUGCCACCAAAGAAGAGGAGGAAGAAGAGGAAACGGAGAUUAUCAAACAGGAUGCAGAGAACUCUGAUCCGGCUUACUGGGUGAAGCUUCUGCGCCAUCACUAUGAACAGCACCAAGAAGAUGUGGGUCGAAGCUUGGGCAAAGGAAAGCGAGUUCGCAAACAAGUCAACUAUACGGACGGCGGAGUCGUGGCUGCGGAUACCACGCGUGAUGAUUCUAACUGGCAGGACAAUGGCAGCGAAUAUAACUCUGAGUAUUCGGCAGGCUCCGAUGAGGAUGGCGGCGACGAUGACUUCGAUGACCAGAAUGGCGGCGAACGGAAGGCCAAGCGGCGAUUGGAACGACGCGAUGAUCGCCCACUGCCUCCACUGCUUGCCCGCGUCGGUGGAAACAUCGAGGUGCUUGGCUUCAAUGCCCGUCAACGCAAGAGCUUCCUCAAUGCCAUCAUGCGGUACGGAAUGCCUCCGCAGGAUGCUUUCAAUUCGCAGUGGUUAGUCCGCGACUUGCGUGGGAAAUCUGAGCGCAACUUUAAGGCGUAUGUUUCGCUGUUUAUGCGGCAUCUCUGUGAGCCAGGAGCGGACAAUGCGGAGACUUUUGCUGAUGGUGUGCCCCGCGAGGGACUUUCCCGUCAGCAUGUGCUCACCCGGAUCGGUGUAAUGUCGCUUAUUCGCAAGAAGGUGCAGGAGUUCGAGCAUAUUAACGGGUACUACAGCAUGCCGGAACUGAUCCUCAAGCCUUGCGAACCGGUACGAUCAGCCCUGAAGCAGGAUGUGGCAGCAUUGGAAGCUCCGCCAGCCGGUGGCAAUGUGGACAAGAGCGCUACUACCAGCAACAGUGCAACUCCAGCUACCAGUGCGGCACCUAGCCCGGCGCCAGCAUCGGAGAAGGGCGAAGACAAGGACAAGGACUCCGAAAAGGAGAAGGAAAAGACCUCGUCCGAAAAGAGCGAGGUGAAGCAAGAACAAGAGGCUGAGGAAGACAAGAAGCCAGGGGAUGUCAAGCAGGAGCAUCCUGCGGAAGAAGCCUCCGGUGAUGCAAAGCCAAACGAAGCGGACGUCAAAACCGAGUUAGCCAAGACAGAGCCGAAGGAAGAGGCCAAGGACCCAGAGCUUAAGGAAGAGCCUAAGUCGGAAGAGAAGGAAAAGGAGAAGGUUGAGGAUAAGAAGCCAAUACCACCAACCGUGAUUGACGACGAUGAUGACGAUGUGAUGAUCGUCAAGGAAGAUGGUGAGCUAGAGAAGCCAAGUGCCAGUUCACCAAAGGAUCACAAGGCAGCCGCUGCCGCCGCUGCUGCUGCUGCCGCUGCAACUGGAGCCACUGGCAAGGGAGUGGAGGAUAGUUUGGAAGUGCUGAAACGCAAAUUUAUGUUCAACAUCGCCGACGGCGGAUUCACUGAACUCCACACUUUGUGGCUGAACGAGGAGAAGGCUGCGGUUCCUGGCAGGGAAUACGAGAUCUGGCACCGUCGCCACGACUACUGGCUGUUGGCCGGAAUCGUGACCCACGGCUAUGGACGCUGGCAGGACAUCCAGAACGAUAUCCGUUUCGCAAUCAUCAACGAACCAUUUAAGAUGGACGUUGGCAAGGGCAACUUCCUGGAAAUCAAAAACAAGUUCUUGGCCCGGCGCUUCAAGCUGCUGGAACAAGCACUGGUCAUUGAGGAGCAACUUCGACGUGCUGCCUAUCUUAAUCUCGCCCAAGAUCCUAGCCAUCCAGCAAUGUCGCUGAAUGCCCGUUUCGCUGAGGUCGAAUGCCUGGCCGAAUCCCAUCAGCAUCUCAGCAAGGAAUCGCUGGCGGGCAACAAGCCAGCUAAUGCUGUCCUGCACAAGGUGCUCAAUCAGCUCGAAGAGCUUCUCUCGGACAUGAAGAGCGAUGUUUCCCGUCUGCCAGCCACCCUGGCCCGCAUUCCACCGGUGGCCCAACGGCUCCAGAUGUCCGAGCGAUCGAUUCUCUCCCGCCUGGCGGCCACCGCCGGUAAUGCCUCGAAUGCAGCUCAAUUGAUGGCACAAUUUCCGGCUGGAUUCCAGGGCACAACAUUGCCCGCAUUCACCAGCGGACCGGCCGGCAACUUUGCCAACUUCCGGCCACAGUUCUCGGUGCCCGGCCAGCUAUCGAAUAAUUCCGGCGUCUAGGUAUCUCCUCAAUAUCUAUGUUAAGAGCAUUCGUAUUCCAUGCAAAUAUACUUUAAUCAAGCUAAGAAUUUAAAUUUCUACACGAUAACACACCCCGCACACCCAAAACUUAUAUUUAUCAUAAUCAUUUGCAAUGAAAUCCCUAUAACGUCGCGUUCACACAAAUAAUUAAUAAAAAAAAAAACGUUUGACACUUGGCGAAUGGCAUGUUCGGUGCUUCCAGGCUUCGGAUUCUGCUCCUGGGGCGGAUCUCAGCGGAACACGACUCGCGGCCAAUUCACAUACGACAAGUAUAGUUCUUAUUUACUUCUUUACUAUGUGAUUACAUAAUCUAGAUACAAAAUAUAAAUGUAUUGAAUUCCAUUGCAAA